GGGGCCAAGGCCAGCAGGGGGGCCCAUGCAGCUGGCCCUGUGUCAGGGCAGGAACGAUGGAAUGGGCAGGCAGGCCUAUGGUAUGGUCACGCCGCGACUGACGACAGCCACUACCCACAGACCAGAGUCCCUCAGGGCACGGAGUCUAAGCCCCAGGCUACCCUUCACCAGGGCCCCUGAUGGUGGGGAUGGACUUGACGCAGCCUGAGACCAGGUCACGGCCCCCGAGUUACCCCAGCUGCGGUAACGUCUGCCGCCAAUGGCGUACAGCUGGUGGGAGCUAGAUGGGAACACGUGUAGCGUAGUCAGACAGGCUGGGUCAAUAACAACGGAGCAGACAGUACAAGACGGUAAGCAAAGAAUACUCAGGUCACGGGCCGGGUUCAGCAACAGGAGGUCAGGUAAAGGGUUAAAGCAGCGAAUAGUCUUGUCCAAGCCGAGUCGUUUACCAGGAGAGCAACGAGAACAGAACAAGAGCUUGCAACAAGGAAACAUACAGGACACUAAUGCAGAGAGCACUUGCAGACAGCAGGUUUAAAUGUGCUCAAUCACACCCUUCUGAGGA